GAGGGUGGUGGAGUGGAUGAAGGGGAGGAGGAGGAGGAGGGAGCAAGGCUCUUCUCCUCUCUCUCUAAGAGCAUUAACUGUAGAGUGUUCUGGUGGUGACAGGGCUGUCAGGGUCAGAUGGCUGCUCAGCCUGAUUAGACCAGCUCACAGCAGAUCCUCAACCCAGCAUACUGCACUGCUGCAAGCAAGGUAGAGCUACACAAUCUGGCACUGUACAGUACGCCACAGUGGUUACUCAGAGGCCAGGAGGCACAGGGAGAGGUGGACAUUUCAGUGUUAUAGUGGGGCAGAGCUACAGGUUGUUUCAGGAGUUAGUUCUAGUUGCACAAAGAAACUAAAAGCAAGUGGACUUUUAAGGUGGGAAGAGGAAGUGAAUUUUGCUCUGUGGUUGGAGAUGACAUAUAAGAGCAGCCUGUGACAGGGAAACAGCCAGGCAGCCAGACGACCAACUUGGGACGCACCUGUUUUUACAAAACCAUACUGCGCUCUAAGAUAGUCAACAACCUGGAAUAGAUCACACUCUUCUGGAGGAGUUAGUCAAAUUGGUGGUUGAUGGCGUUUGUGCGGCGGAGUGGUGACUACUGCCACGCCCAACACAUUUAGAUCCUCUCUGGGAUGAAGCUGUACCAUGCUGUCCUGCAUCCCUGAAAGCUGAAAGACCAUUGGCCUUUGCCCUCUGAACCAGCUAGCUCAUGGGGUAACAAGUGGAGCCUUGACACAGAAAGCUAACUGGAAAGAGAAGGAGAGGGAGCUGCUGACAAAGAGAGAAAGAAAAGGACUGGUCAAUCAGAGAUAUCAAAACAAAGAAAUUGACAGAGAGAGAGAGAUGACACUCUUGGACUAAAGGAUACCGUCAGCUGAUGGGGUAAUACAGAACAACUGGACCUGAGAAUUGGGAAAAUACCGUAAACGGCUAUAAACAGUCUCCCAAUAGGAAGUUCCACAAGAGACAAGUCCAGUGUCACCUGGAGACCUGCUAUAAGUUGAAGACACAGCAGCUAACAGCUAGAGCUGCAACUAAAGGUCAGAGAUCAUCCUGUGACACUGGCCACCAUGAAUCGUCCUGCUCCAGUGGAACUGUGCCACAAGAACAUGAGAUUUCUUAUCACACACAACCCCACAGACAGCACGCUCAGCUCCUUCAUAGAGGACCUGAAGCAUUACGGUGCCACCACAGUUGUUCGAGUCUGUGAUAUCACCUAUGAUAAAACGCCGUUGGAGAAAGACGGCAUUAAUGUGGUGGAUUGGCCGUUUGAUGAUGGUGCCCCGCCCCCCAGUAAGCUUGUUGAUGACUGGUUGAGUCUGUUGAAGAAAAAGUUUCAGGAGGACCCAGGCUGCUGUGUGGCUGUUCAUUGUGUGGCUGGACUGGGGAGGGCUCCUGUGCUGGUUGCUCUGGCUCUAAUAGAGAGUGGGAUGAAGUACGAAGAUGCUAUCCAACUCAUCAGACAGAAGCGUCGUGGAGCCAUCAACAGUAAACAGCUCACCUAUCUGGAGAAAUAUCGAUCCAAGCAGAGACUCCGCUUCAAAGACUCUCACGCACAAAAGAACAAGUGUUGCACCAUGUAAACCCACACACACACACACACCCACGCACUCCCAUACACACUCAGACAUCUUGUACCCCUCAACAAAUGCACUCAGGAAUCCAACCAUAAAAGCCUUGAAAAUAUCAGGGCUUCAUUAGCCCAAGUGUACCCUGAGAUUUUUAAAAUGUUUUUACAGCAAAAGUAUCAGAGUCCAUCUUUGUUCACUGGUUUGUAAUAAUGUCUCGUCUUUUAAACAUUUCAAGGAUUCAAGGACAUGAUUGCUUCAUAAUAUAGUUUACAGUUCAGAAAGAUGGCUGAUGAUGAGUAAGAUAAGUGAGGGAGAGAAAAUCAUGUUAGGUCAGAGAUGGGAGGCUCACACUGAAAUUUUCAACAAGAUAAAUCCAUAGUACCUGGACAAAUUUAGUGUAAGACUGAUUUUCCAUGAUAUAUACUUGAUCUACUGGCCAAACAUACCAGGUAUUUUGUAAAAAAUACAAUUGAAUUUUCAUUAUUUUGUACAGAUGUUCAAUAUAAUUAAAUGUUACCAGAUUAUUGGUAUAAAAUUACAUGCAGUAUUUCUGUGAGUGUAUCUUUAAGGUUGUUUUUUGACAUGAAAACACUUUUGAAAAGACACUUUUGAAACUAUUUUGGUAGAAUAACACACAGGGAUAGCUCAAUGUUUUUACUGUAAAUUAGUGUCAAUAUGUUAAUAAUAUAAUAAUAAUAUGUUAAUAUUUCCCCCCACAUUAUUCCUGUUGGAGUCUGCUCAUUUUUUUUCAUUUUGAUUUUCAUCCCAAUAUUUUCUGCCAUUCAUCUACAAUAAACAUGAAAAUCCGCUUCUAAAAUGCGAGAUGAAGCACUUUGGUAAACUAAUGCCUUCAUUUGAUUUUGUCAGAGUCACUGUUAUAAUACUACUUCAUUGUGCUCAAGUGUUUACAUAUCAAUGUGUGCAUUACAACAUAUUAUGCUCUGUUUACACCCACAGGAGUUUAAAGUAAUAAAUGUAUUAUAAAAAAGGAAAUGUUAAUAAUUCUACAGUGAUAACACAUUAUACACACUCUAAAAUAACGAAAAGUAAACUGGAUGUAAAUAAUAUCAAAUGAGGUAGACUAUCUCUAUGUAUCACUUGUAUUCUCCUCAAGGUUAAAGUGAACCACUCCUCCCAUUCACUGACUGCAAACAUGCGCAAAUGAGAUUAAAUUAUUACAGGUGUUAGAAAUAAAUAUUUUUAUGUCCCUGUGUCAGAGAUUAUGACAUAAUCUCUUUUAAUCCAAGGCUAAUUUCGGCCUGAAAUAAGAAUAAAUUGAGAAACGAGCACAAAUACUGCUGUGCUUCAUCACAUCUUUUAGACGAGUUAGAGCAUACAUAUAUUCUUGGGCGGUAGAGAUUGUUCCUGAAUGAUGCAUAUAAUUAACUGCUUCUGACACUUUUUCAUUCAGAAUAUAUAUUUCUAUAUUUUUGCUGGUAGAACAUGCACUUUUCAUGAAUUAGUAGGUUGCUUAUGUCUCAUCAUCUAUGUUAUGAAAAACAUGAUGUCCUGGAGAAAGACAUGAGAGCAGAGCGUGUAAAACUGAAGUAAAGACGCUGUAGUGAUGUAGAAAGGAAAGGGGAUCUACAAUCUUUACCUACAAAUUGGCUACAGUUUACUUGUUCAUAUAAAGUGUGUGCGUGUGUAUGUGUGUGUUUGAAUAUGUGUGUGUGUGUGUGUUUGGUAGUCUUUGGCUCUUUUUAAUCAUUAGGACUGAUCUGAGGUGACACUUUUUUUAAUGUAAAAAAACAAAUGCUGUAAAUGUCUGUAUGUUUGUAAAUUCUUGCAUUGUUUAAUAAAGGUUUUGUCAUUGCCCCUAUAUUUUAACAGUUAUUCAUCAUUUCCUCUGUCAAUUUUACAGCCUUAUUAAGAUCAACUCACCUGGAAAUUACCAAUUUACCGUAUAUUGUAGGCAAAACCGAGAAACGGACUAAACACUGUUACUGAGAAUAAAUAUGCCAUUAAACGAAAAAGGGAAAAAUGAA